AUGAAUUCUUUAUCUAGAUCCGAUACUGAUAGUCCAUUUUAUUCACCAGGUAGUGUAUCCAUUCCUCAAUUUAAAGAGUAUCCUUUGUUUACACAAGAAGAAAUAGACGAAAUUAGGAAAAAACGAGCUUCAUUGGAAAUGGAAGUUCAAACUUUAGAACAGCAACUUAAAUCACGUCGUGAACAGAUACAACAGUCAAAAGAAAACAUGGUUACAUUAGGAGAAAUAAAUUUACUCAAAGCAGAAACAAGAGAUUCUAUUUCAGAAUCAAAUUCAUCUCAUUUAUCACAAAUCAUGACAGAAUUUACAGAUAUCAUCAAGCAAUCAUGUGAAUUAACAGCAAAAAAUUCAACAUUAGACCAAGAAAUUAAAGAAGAAGAAAUUUAUCGAUUAAACAUUGGAGAUGAAUAUGAUAUUAUAGAACACGCAUUUGAUCUUUCCGAUCUUAAAGCAAAAAUACCAGAAAUUAAAUCACUUAAACGUGAGAUUCCUAAAAUUGAACAAGAAGAUUACGAAAGAUAUAACCAGAAUCUAAAAUCAUCUCAAAAAGAACUUUCAAGCUUCAUAAAUGACACAGGUCCUUCAACAAAACAAGUAGAAGCUGCAAAUGCAGUUUUGAAAGCCUUUGAUUCCGAUAUAAACUACCGAAAAAUGGGAGCUACGAUUGAAAAAGCCGAAAAUACUAGACUUGAGCUACUUCUUGCUCAAUCUGAAUCUAAAAAUAAAUCAAUUGAAGAUGAAAUCGAACUUUCCAAGAGAAAAAUAUCAUCGAUUCAGCUAGAAACAUCUAAUAUAUGCAUUGCAUGCGAAGCGCAAAUCAAAGCUAACGAUAUUGCAUUUAAUAAUUCAAUGAAAACUCUUGAAAGCGAAAUCCAAUUGGUCCAACAGAAAAUAGACAAUGCUGCUGAUAAAUAUGAUGAUUUGUGCGAACAAAUUGCAAAAAUGCAAGUAGUCGAAGUUGAUGAACAAGAUUCUUUGUCAGUUAUCAUGGAUUCAGACUCAUCAGGUGAAGAAAUAGACUUUGACUUCAAUGAUAAUGUAUCUAGAUGGGAUAUUGAAGAACAAAACCUCGUCGUUACCAGAAAAAAGUUAAUUCAAGAAAUCAAUGAGAUAAAAAAGAAAUAUAACGAGACAAGAAAGAUUGCAAUCGAAAGGGAGACAGAAAAACAGAAUUAUAUUAAAGAUAUUUACUCCAAAUAUCAAAAGAACAAAUUAGAAAUAGGAAAUUACAUUUCUGAACUGUAUUCUUCUUCUCUCAGCCAAUCUUCGCCACAAAUAACUUCAACUACUUCAUCUGGCCUGACAUCAGAUCUGAAUAUUGUUUUGGAGCAUAUUUCCAGUUCAAUCAGCAAUGUUAAUUAA